AUGAGCCAGUCCGCCUCUCACGACAUGACUACCGAGCAUGUCACGGCUAGUGUAGAUCAGCGUGCUUCUCAUGACGCCAACGGGAAACACCAAGGCAAAGUCGGCCUUCGCAAAUCGAGGCUCGGGCUGAGGGGCAUCUUUGGACGCUCCAAGGCCGCCAAGGAGAAUGAUAUCAGUUCCCUCCCCGGAUCUGCGAGCAGCCGGACUGCUGUUGUGACCGCUUAUCGAGCAAACCCCAACGCCGCUCUUGCCUCGACCGCAGCACACCAACAACUGCCCGUUCCCUCCGAUGCCCCCGAGCCCGAUCAGGUGGCACGUCAUGGCCACUCGACAACGAGGAGAUGGCCAGCGACGCCGAAAACAACCAAAUCGUCACGGGAGGGUGUCGCAAAGUGGUCGGCGUUACCCCUGUCCGAGGCAUUCGUCCAAUCCAGCCGCCAUAUAACCUUGCCAGCGGCGACGAUGUCGCCGGAUUCCAUCUUGCGAUGGAGCGAGAAGCAAGGGGCCAGUUCUCAACAAGAGGAAGUGUGGCGUGCUGCCGGUGAUCAGAAUGACUUUCAAGGCGACGGCAUCAAGAGCUCCCGCAACGCAGUGGUGUCUGCCGAAGGCCUGGAGUGGACGGCCAAAAUUUACAUUCUCGUCCAUUCCGGAUACGUCCUCCAGUACGCCGACGACGGCCACUUUGAUCGCUGUCCUGAAAAAGUCCUUCGGCUCGGGCCCUCGUCCGCAGCAUUCGCAACCGACGCGAUCCCGGGACGGCACUGGGUCGUCCAUGUCUCGUCCGUGGCCGGCACGAAUGGCGCGUCGGGUUCGGAGCCGCGGUCCUUCCUCUCCAAGCUACCCUUUCGAACGGAGAGACGAACUGCUUCCAACCUGCUCAUGGUCUUCGAAUCUGCCAAUGCCAUGGAAGCUUGGAUAUCAGCCCUGCGGGAGGAAAUCCAGAAGCAGGGCGGAAAGAAGAAUCUGUCCGAGACGGGCAUGCCAAAGGUCGAAGGCGGCUCGCGGCUCGUCAGGGAGCAGCCGAGCCAACGGACGCUCGUCGUGAGAGACCCAUCUCGUUUCGGUAGGACCGGGCCCGAAGAGACGACCCUCAACACGCCAAGCACAGCCGGAGCGGCGAGAGCCGCCAGCUCAGACGCGCCCCGCGAUCCAUCUCUCGACGAUGGUUCCACCACCGACAGUGUCGUCUCGCAAGACGAGCGUCGGCUCGACAGUCUCCGCGAAUGUUCCCAGCGAUUGUCCUACAUCUCAUCCGGCCAGCGUACCGUUGUCACCUCCACUGGUUCGUCUCCAGAUUCAUCGCCGACGCGUGGUAGUUUUGCAUCGCAGGAGGAGGAGGAGGAGUCGACAGCUCGCGCCGUGGACCUCGCCGACAUGGUGGCAAGGCCGAGACCGAACGCAUCCGACAUUGCCAUUCGCCGACAGUCUUCGCAGGUUACGGUUCCUUUCGUCGAUGCGAAUGUGGAUUUCCCCAUCGGCAACCGUCGGCCCUCUGCGGGUUGCGUUGCCAGUCCGCACGGUGACGGGAUCACGCUCGGCCUAUUGCCGACGCCAAACUUUAGCGUUCCGCAUUCGUCGAGUCGACGAUUCUCGUACGCAAAGUUGCCGAUGGCAGGGGACUGCUCACCCCCUCGAGAAGCGGAGCGUGGGCCGACACCACGGUUGAUGGGGGGCCAGCCUCCGACGGUCAUGGCCACUGCCCGGCCCUUGUCCAUGGUUUCGGACCAGCCUUCGUGGCGAGAAUCCGUGCCGGAACGACCAACAACCAGCCACAGGACAUCAAGGCAGCCAUCGCCUCGGAAGAUGGACGGCCAUCCGUCGCUGCUCUCGGAAUCGCGCAGCAAGGAAACGUUGCAUAGCGAUGCCUUAUCCCGGACGUCUAGUGUCGUGUCGAAUGCGACGCACGAUGGGUACGUUUGCACCGCCAUGACGGCGCACCGACUCUCCGCCAUCGGUGCGCUGCGAAGGAGCAAAGGUGCAGUGCCGAAGAAGCAUUUAACCAUCACACCCCACGGGCGGUACUGCAACGGCUGGGACGCGCCACCGACACCACCCUUGCCAACUCCCAAGGAUGAUGAGAGGUCAAGGUACAGACACUCCCUCGUGCCGCCCAGCCGAUCUCGGCGCGGAUCCGUCGAGGAUGGCCGAAGAGCCAGCAUGAGGCCAACGGCGGUGGAGAGGCCAGGUCACAUUUGCGACAUGUACCAACCGGUUGUUGCCGCUUCGGCACCGGUCGCACAGCCGAACAAGCCGCUGCCCCCAUUGCCGUCGCCGACAACCGACGGCUCUCUUCAAUCAGAUUGGGAAUCGAAGGAGAACCUGAAUCGUAGGAGCCUGUCUCAGCUAAACGAAGGGCCGCCUCCCGCGCCUCCGCCGACCCGAGCGCUUCCGCCGAUCCCGCAAAGAUGGUAA